AUACUAACUUCUCGAUGAUAAGCGCGCAAUCUCGCGUAAGAGCAUGUUAUACACACUUAUCGCUCGCGAUUCAGCUCUUUUUCUCUCUCUUUUUCUUGGUGCGCGUCUUCUUUAGCGGACGCCAAACAAACGCGCGCUCUUUGCCUAUACUGAUCUAAGGCCACUGGGUGGUGGGAGAGUGGGAGAAUCAGGCCUGUGAUGUGCGGUAUACGGAGAAAUGACUCGGUAUUUCCGUUAACGGUGAAACAACAACGAGGGUUACUGUGCAGCGGCCACGUGUUCACUAAAUUUAGAGAGAUUUCCGAUGAAUGUGUACUAGAUCUGUUGUCGGCUGUACGUCUAUGUAUAAGGCGUAUAUAUAGUAUGGUUUUCAAGAUUACCGCACAAAAGCACUUGUCACGAUGACAAGCGUGGUUGAGAGGAUUUUUAUUAAUUGAACGUUAAUUGACAAAACGACGUUGUGCAACUGGUUGAUAAUGUUUUUGAGUUAUCGAUCGAUCCGAAGUGUGGGUGAAUUUCGAAGAUUUUUACAUAAUUAUAAUAAUUCGCGCAACUUAGUAUGACGUUUUAAAACGAUUUUUCAAUUGGAAAGCCCUCAUCCACCAAAAAUAAUGCACAUUUACAAUGGCAUAACAGUCCGAAAAUUGCAUAACAACUCUCAAACUCCCCUUUGUCAUCGCGUGACGCGUUGAUUGAUAAACAGCCUUGGCAUCGAGUUUGCAAGCUCGACACAUCAAUCCUACACGAACAUUCCGCUUCGAUGAGACAUAUACAUGACGCAAUCGUAAUUCAUCUCUGCUCGUCGAGCAUCGUCUCAAAGAGCAACUAUAUAACUAUUCCAGAAACCGUUUGCUUCAACCUUCAAAUCUACCUCAAAAAUAUGGUCAAGUUCUAUUAGAAGCAUAUACAAAGUUUAUAAAUAGAAAGUAUUCUUGAUAUGGAUUAUUUUUGAAUAGGAUUUCUAUAAAUGUGUAUAUAUUACAAAAGACAUAUGGUCAAUGCAUUUAAUAAUUGACGAAACAUCAUUUAACAGGACUACAAGAAUUGUGAUCAGAGCUUUGAUUUUUACAUUAUUUAAAGUAGAUAUUUUCAACAAUUAUGGCCAAUCAAGGGACAAUAGCUCCAAAGAAGCGGAGUUGGACAAAAGAAGCUGUUAUACAAAUUGGAUCUGGUGGAUCUGCUGGUUUUGUAGAGGUGUGCAUAAUGCAUCCAAUGGAUUUAGUGAAGACACGUUUGCAACUGCAAGUGAAAACGAAACAAUCAGAUCCUACGUAUUAUACAGGUAUUUGGGAUUGUUUGAAAAAAAUGUAUAGGACUGAAGGAUUUUUUGCUUACUGGAAAGGCAUAGUGCCACCAAUUUUAGUAGAAACACCGAAACGUGCAGUGAAGUUUUUUACAUUUGAACAAUACAAACAAUUUUUCCUAUUUGGUGCCAGUGCACCAACACCAUUGACAUUUUCAUGCGCUGGAUUGUGUGCUGGAUUUACAGAAUCACUUUUAGUGAAUCCUUUUGAAGUGGUUAAAGUGAAAUUACAAUCGAAUCGUAAACACAUGAAAGAAAGCCCAUCAACAUUUGCUAUUACAAAGGAAAUUAUUCAAAAGCAAGGGUUAGGCCUCAACGGAUUGAAUAAAGGCCUCACAGCAACUCUUAUGAGGAAUGGGAUUUUUAAUGGCUUUUACUUUGGAUUUUAUCAUUCAGUUAAAACAUAUAUCCCACCAAACAAAGAUCCGAUAAAAGAAUUUUUAACGAAAGUAGGCAUAGGAUUCUUUUCUGGAAGUGUUGCAUCCUGCCUAAACAUUCCUUUUGAUGUUGCAAAGAGCCGAAUUCAAGGUCCAGAAGGUCACAAAUACAAGGGAACUUUAAAAACUAUAGGAAUUGUUUACAAGGCAGAAGGGUUCAAGGCUUUGUACAAGGGUCUCUUGCCUAAAGUAAUUAGGCUAGGUCCAGGAGGUGCUAUUAUGCUUGUGGUUUAUGAUUAUAUGCAUGAAUAUCUUGUGUCAGUAUUGGACUGAUAUUUUUGUAUAAAAUAUGAAGAUUUACAUGCAAUCUUAAUUUUUUAUAAAAUUUAUAUAAACUGUUAUCUACUUUUUUACCAUAGAAUUCAAUACCAUAUAUAUAUAUAUUAAAAAUGUAUAUACUUGUAAAGAAAUCAAUAUACUUACAAUCAAAAGAGAA